AAUAAAAUACCUUUAUGCUCCUCAUUUCAUCAAAUCUCAUAACUCUCUCCCCUUUUAUACAAAGAAAAAAACUUUCAUAACUUAUUCUCUCAUAUCCUUACCCCUAUUCACAUUCUUCAUAUUAAGCAUAAGCUUUUGAAGCUUAGCUAGAUAGCUUCAACAUAUAUAUACAUGGAUCACCUAUCAAUUUUUUCAUUCUUAUUAGCACUUCAUCUAUCAAUUUCAGGUGUAAUUUCAACAACAUUCACAUUUGUUAACAAAUGUGACUACACAGUGUGGCCAGGGAUUCUUUCAAAUGCUGGGGUCCCAACACUUCCAACCACCGGCUUCGUUCUCCAAACAGGCGAAACCACCACCGUCGCUGCACCAGCCUCAUGGGGUGGCCGUUUCUGGGGCAGAACUCUCUGCUCCCAAGACACUGAUGGAAAAUUCUCAUGUGUCACCGGCGAUUGUGGCUCCGGAAAGGUUGAAUGCUCCGGUAACGGAGCCACACCACCGGCAACUUUAGCCGAAUUCACAUUAGACGGCUCUGGUGGUCUUGACUUCUUCGAUGUUAGUCUUGUUGACGGUUACAAUGUGCCUAUGCUAGUCGCCCCUCAGGGAGGCUCUGGCGAUAAUUGCACCACCACAGGAUGCAUCAGUGAUCUCAACGGCGCGUGUCCUUCGGAGCUUAGAGUGAUGAGUGUGGAUGGGAAAGACGGUGUCGCGUGUAAAAGCGCGUGCGAAGCUUUUAAUUCACCGGAGUAUUGCUGCAGCGGCGCGUAUGGGACACCAGACACUUGCAAACCUUCUACUUAUUCUCAAUUGUUUAAGAACGCUUGCCCACGUGCAUAUAGCUAUGCAUAUGAUGAUAAGACCAGCACUUUCACUUGUGCAAAUGCAGUAGAUUAUACUAUCACAUUUUGUUCUUCUCCUACCACAAGUCAGAAGUCAACACAAGGGCAAGACACAAAACAAGAAAGUUCUUCUAACUCUGCCUCACCUCAGCUUAACAAUGACAAUACAAUGGUUUAUGAAGGUGGUAUUGAUCAAAGUGAAAUCUCAAAGGCCAUGUGCACCCAUGUGCUCCUGCUCCAAUCACAAACUAUUGCGUGCAUUAUUAGCAUCACUAUGGUCCUUUGGCGGUUGUGCCAACUCUUUUAAUGAGUUCUUCAUUCUUAGGGCAUUUUCUAGUGUAGUUAGGCCCAUAAUCACGUUUUGUGGGUCCAAAUGUGUGAGUUAAGUAUGGCUCAUGGAUUUUGGCCUUAUUGACUAGGACAUGACUCAUUUCAAGGGAAAAGGUCCUACAACCCUUGACAUUUUGUCCUAAAAAACCUUUGUGCAGGAGGCCAAGCUACCACCACAUUCAUUUAUUUAUUUAUAUAUGUAGCAAUAUAUAGGUGACGAUGUAGUUAGGGAAAUUGACUUUUCUACUGCUAAAAUUGUUCUAGUUGUAAUUUUUAUCCCAUGUUAUAGAUCACUAGGCAUACUAUUGUUGAAUUCUUUGUAUUGACGGGGGUGGGAUUCAUUUAUUGGUUGGAGAAUGUAAUAUUUGGCUACAAUAAGGAAAUGGAUGUUCGUGUAUAUUAUUAUUGUCUACCUUCUUUGUAUUCAAUCUUGCAUAUUCAUA